GAGAAGCAGGCUGAUUGAGACCAGCUGCCGCUCCUCUGUCUCAGAUCUUUGGACUCUGCCCGGGGCGGGCUCUUACCCUAUUCUGGAUGACUGGGAGCCAACAGAGGCUGCCUGGGGCAGUUGAGUCUUCUCCACCCAGCCCGACUCCUGGAAUCCUCAGAAACGAAAGACCAGAGGAAGACUCUCCAUCCACCAGCUGGACACCUCCUCCCCAUUGCCAGCCCCCACCCUCUGGCUGCUGCUGCCUCGGAAAGGCCUGGAGGAAGAGGCCAAGGAAACAGCCUUGUCCACUUUCCCUUGACCCUACAUCCACCCAGCACCAGCAUCUGAAGACCCCAUGGCCUGGGCUCGCUGGGGUAGCCACCCCUGGCUUGUCCUCCUCUGUGCUUAUGCCUGGGGCCACCCAAAGUCACUGGACCAGAGAGAAGAUGUGAGAAACUGUUCCAUCAGCCCUCCGUACCUUCCAGUUACUGCGGUCAAUACCACAGCGCAGCUCACAGCCCUCCGCCAGCAGAUGUACAUCCAUAAUCUCUCUGCCUACAUCGUCCCCGACACGGAUGCCCACAUGAGCGAGUACAUUGGUGAAUAUGACCAGAGGCGUGCAUGGAUUACAGGCUUUACAGGGUCUGCAGGAGUCGCGGUGUUGACCAUGGGGAAAGCCUCUCUCUGGACCGACAGCCGCUAUUGGACCCAGGCUGAGCGGCAGAUGGACUGCAACUGGGAGCUUCAUAAGGAAGUUGGCACCACUCCCAUCAUCACCUGGCUCCUCACUGAGAUUCCUGUUGGAGCACGUGUGGGCGUCGACCCCUUCCUCUUCUCCAUCA